AUGCCUUUGACAACCGAAGACGUAGUAAGCCAGUUUAAGCGCCGUGGUGCGUUUGACGAUAUGCGCAAGAAGUUACUUGACGACUUUAUGGAGAAUGAACGAGGUAAACAGUUCAAAGAGACACUCACGAAAAUAAUGGAAACGAGUAUUACUCAGAAUCCGUCACUACUUGACAACGAAGACUCGGCACAAACUCACAAUGCGCUACAUGAGGCAUUUGAUAAAAGUGGCGAAUAUGAAAAAAUGGGCGAAUACAUUCUAAAGCAAGUGUUGGAGUCUGAAGAGUAUGUGUCAAUAUUUAAAGAGAAGAUCGAGGAAAUAAUUCAUGAAGGGGAAAAGAAUGGAAAAGAAGAUGGUGAUAAUUACGAUGAUAAUAAAAAUUGUAAUUCUGCUGACCUUGAUCCUGUUACCG